UCUCUCUCUCUGUCUCUUCUGACUCUCUCUCGCCUUGAAUCUGUCCUCUUGAGCUUUGCUUGUGUGGCGAUCGCUUGAGAGUUGGGAGGAAGGAAUCAAUGGCGGCACUUAGGACUGUUCUGGCAUCACUGGUCCUGGCUUGCUCAGCUCAAGCUUGCUGUGGCAACGUCCUCUUCUCUUCUCUCCAGAGGACCCUCAUCGUCUCGGCUUCCCCUCAGCCUGGCCAAGUGGUGAAAGCCGGCGAGGACAAGAUCACGGUGACGUGGCGGUUCAACCAGAGCUUCGCGGCGGGGACGGACUCGGCCUACAAGACCGCGAGCGUGAAGCUGUGCUACGCGCCCAUCAGCCAGGUGGACCGCUCGUGGCGCAAGACGGUGGACAACCUGGCCAAGGACAAGACCUGCCAGUACGCGAUCGCGGCCAAGGCCUACUCGCCGUCCAACCAGAGCGCCGAGUGGCUGGUCCAGAAGGACGUGCCGGAGGCCACCUACUUCGUCCGCGCCUACGCCCUCGACGCCGCGGGCGUCCAGGUCGGGUUCGGCCAGACCACGGACAAGAACAAGACCACCGACCUGUUCGUGGUCCAGGCGAUCACGGGCCGCCACCCGUCGCUCGACAUCGCCUCCGUGUGCUUCAGCGCCUUCUCGGUGGUCUCGCUGAUCGGCUUCUUCAUCGUCGAGAAGAGGAAGGCCAAUAAGGCCGGUUCCGCUCCGAAUUAAACAGCAUCAUCAAGUUCAGAUGGGACUCCAAGUUUGCAUGGUCUAAAGUAUCUGGACCACUUCUCCUUUUUUCCUUUAAGUCAUUUGUUGUAUAACGCUCUCUUUAUACGUUGACGUUACCGUCGCAUCUACGCCGUCCAUGGGGAGCGGGCUCGAUUUGGACGAUUAAGGUUUUGGACGGUCGAAGAUGUAGCUGGAGCAUCAUCUAAUAAUGGGCACUUGUGUGUGUGAACGGAACGAGGCUUUACAUGGGGGCGUGAUGGACUGGGGAGUUCAUGAUCAUAAGUGAAGGGAUGUUCAUUGCAUGUAGUUUUGAAAAAUCGGAAGUUUAUGAUCUUUCUUUGCUUAAUAUCAUGAUAAAGAAAUUCAGGAUUUGUAAGGAUGUGUUUAUUUGAGUACAAGAUUAUUUCGCGAA